ACGAAACUCAGAUUGUACCUUACCCCACGCUCUCAACCUUUGUCUUCACUCCGACCAUCACCUGGUCAAGCGACUUAUCUCAGCACAAACGUACAGAACGACAGACAGGCAGAAAACAGACAUCUCCAAUGCCUCGCGGUUGGUACCUCGCUCAAGGCCUGGUCCCACUCGGCUACAGCAGCAGCGACGAUGACGAAGGCCCAUGUGAGCUGCCAAACGGUCGUCUUGUCUGUGGACCUCACGGAUUGGUGCAAUGUAGUAGAUGUUGCAGCGACUACAGCUUUAUGGACGAUGUCGUUGGUGAACAUCGCGAAGAACUCGAGGAUGACGAGAACGAUGAUGAGGACCACGAUUUGGCUCCUGCUGGGACGCCAUCCACCAUAGGUGUCCCUUCCCUAGGACCCAAUGUGGUGAGAGGCACUGGUUUGGUGUUCCCCUCCAAGUUUGCACCUUGUGUUAGCCCUCUGCGACCGAUGGAGUUGUUUCGCGGCAGGGCUCGGUUCAUGAAUAUGGUUAGGUGCACCUACCCAAACGACAACUCUAUGCUCCUCAUCAUGACCGAUGGGGCAUGUCUCAACAACGGCCAAGCCAAUCCGAAGGCGGGUUGGGCUUUUUUCCAGGGGCUGAAUAUUGAGGGCCAACCGCUCGUUGUCUCGGGUCGUCUGGAAACGCAGGGUCCUUGGGGCGAUGACGGCAUCCAGAGCAGCAACCGGGCCGAGCUGCGGGCCGUCAUCGCCGCCCUGCGUUUCCGACACUGGCCGGGCGAAGGCUUCAGCACAGUUGUCAUCGCCACCGACUCGGAGUACGUCGUGGAGGGUUCGACACAGUGGGCGAAGACUUGGGUGCAGAACAAUUGGAGGAGGAAAGGCAGGAUGGGAAAUGACGACGUCAACGUCAAGAACAAGGACUUGUGGGAGAUGCUCCUGGGGGAGUGCGAGAAUGCCCACCGCCAAGGCCUGGCCAUCCAGUUCUGGAAGAUCCCACGCGAAUGGAACACUCUCGCCGAUGAAGGUGCGAAGAAGGCUGCCACCGCGGAAGAAACGCCUGUCGAGUGGCUGGAUUACCAGGGCCUCGCAUUCUAAGGGCGAAGGCGACAUAGUACUGUCUUUCUCCUUCACAAACGGGCCAGGCGCAACGGAUUACAGCAUGUUCACGUAUUUUCAACCUUGUGUUAUUUCUUAUUUCUUUCCUUGGGGUGCAAGCCCGAUGACUUCCGCUAGGCGAUGGAAGUCAUCCACCAGAUGAUCCCACCGAUAGAUGGUGCCACUCGAGCGCCACUCGCACCUUGUCCACAUACGACACCCGAUUUGCUUUUCCUUCAUAGUGCACAGCGUCUCUAAAUGCCAUAUUGAUUGGAAGAUUGUACGGCACUACAUAGACAGGAAGCUCUGGUAUAAUCCAUGAUUCACUCUAGUGGCAUAAUAUAUUUUUUGGAAUUCAGAGGCAUGUGGAUUGAAUUAUUCUUUUUGAUAAGAC